AUGACAAUGGAUCAGGGCCAGUAUGACGCGGAUCCAUUCUCGAGCGAUAGUUUGUGGAGGCUUUCCAAUUUUACCUCGGAAUUUUUGCAGCCGUCGGAUUUAUUCCAAUGGAAUGAGAACCUACCUGAUUUAAAUGAGGGGUUCUUUAAGAGCCCUCUCAAGCCACGCGCAGAAGAUGCAGACCCAUUACCCCAGCUGGAUAAUAUCGAAGGACAUAACUUUUUUCUCUUCGAUCAGCCUGCGGAGUCAAUCACGGAAGCGUUCAGUGAUACUCAAGUAGACGAUAACCUUAGCCACCAUCACGAUGAUAUUCUUGAAGCCGAGUCAGAUAGUAUCUGGACACUUGAAAGCCUGCAAAACGCUACAAUUCCUGAGAUUGCGCUAAGGUCAUGGGAGAGGUACCAUGAUCGAUCGUCUCUCGAACCGACGUCCGCUUAUUUCAGCGAGUCCGGUGCGAAAGGCUUUGAUUCAGCUUUGGCACUCCAGUACUCCGAAAAUGGACCUAAAAAUGCGGGACGUGUGGCUCGGAAUGAUGUCUUCUUCCAUGCUCUAUUCAGGCUUGGACUCGGCUGGAGCUCCAUAUUCUUCCGUUACAAUAAGCAGCGGAAAGCGUUCGAAAGGGUAUCUGACAACAUCCGCGUUUCUGGGGUCAGCGUCACCGUUGUCAAUGGCCUGAUUGAGGAAGUCCUCCGCUGUGGUACGGCUAUGUACAACAUAAGGGACUUUGCGCGCCGGACUCGGAUCAAUCCCAAGGAAUUCUCUGCCCGAUCUGCUUUUGCCAGUGCUGCGGCUGUGAUUAUCUACACGCUUGAGAAGCAAAUAAUUAACUAUUUUAAGGAUAUCUCGUCCCUCAUUCAAAUCAUGACACUUUUCCAGCGGUGUGGUGGGCUGGUUGGUGCGUUAUCGAACUUAGUCGAAGCAGUUCAGAAAGCCGCAUCAGAUGCGCAAGUAAUCUCUGCUGUCAUUGAGAAAGCGGCUCACUUUUCUCAAGCUUUUGGUUUUAUGGAAAAUCUUUUCCAUGAACUUGUUGCUCGUGUGAUUGCACCUUGGCUCCAUUACGUGGAAUCUUGGGUUGGCCUGCGCGCUGAGACACCCGCAUCAGUGGAAAUGGCUGCGAAGAAUGAAGGCUUCGUGGCCGUAGAGCGAUACGAGGGUAGAGCAGGCUCGAGGAGUGCGAAAGCAGCAACUUUGCAAUAUCAUUAUCAUCCCGAGCAAAUGCCGACCUUUAUCCCCACGGAGCAAGCAGAAUUGAUAUUCGAGACCGGUCGAAGCUUGCGGCUACUCAGACAAUACCACCCUCAACACCCAAUCGCAAAUGAUGCGAUCCUUCGCAAAGAUGGUCCCAAUUUGCGUUGUGCAGGAAGUUGGUCCGACAUCGAGAGAAUCCAAAAGAAAGCCCAGCAAUAUGAGGCUAAACUCCGCUCGGAAAUCCUCAGAUACAGCCGCGGCCAACGCUCGGGCCAAGUGAAGAAGAAUAAAGCACUUGCAGAAGAACAUGUGCAGAAGUCUGGCUCUGCCGGAGAUGACCCUUUCGAGCUCUUCGAUAUCGAUGAUUCCAAGCACAUGACCGGGUUGUUUGCGCGAGACUCUUCCUUAGAAAACGACGAACUGGGACCGUUGUUCGACACAAGUACUUUGGAGAGGUCUCGACCAACUCAUCCGCACAGAAACGAUUUUGGUCCAGAAAUGAUAUCAGCACUCUACCUUUCCCUGGCGCCUCUACUAUCCUCCCAAGCUUUACUCGUUGAUUUUUCCUGUCUUCACCUCCUAUUCAAGGAACACAAAUUAAGAUAUCACCUCACCCUGCAGUGGCGAUUUCAACUGUUAGGUGAUGGCUUUUUUGCGUCGCGCCUCUCGCACUCACUUUUUGAUCCCGAAAUGGAGAGUGGCGAGCGUAGAUCAGGUGUCGUGCGCAGCGGCGUGCAUACCGGUUUGCGCCUAGGAAAUCGUGACACUUGGCCUCCUGCAAGCUCCGAGCUGCGACUGGUAUUGAUCGGCCUUCUGAGUGAUUGUAACAUGGACGAGCGCCUAGACAAUUCGAGUAAUGCCGAGUUUCUCAGGGAACGGGAGCUUCCUGGUGGGUUGAGUUUCUCAAUUCGCGACUUGACCGACGAUGAGAUUGUGAAAUGCAAGGAUCCGAAUGCCAUUGAAGCACUCGAUUUUCUCCGUCUUCAGUAUAAACCAUCCGCAGUCCUGGAAACGAUUAUAACGCAGCGAUCCUUGGAUCAAUACGACCGCCUAUUCAAGCAUUUGUUACGCCUGAUCCGCAUGGUUUCGGUAGUCAGAGGUCUCAUUCGCGAUUCAACUGCAAGGAGCUCUCUUUCCGGGGAUACCCGAAAUCUUUUUCAGCGAUUCCGCAUAGACUGCCAGCAUUUCGUUCUUGCCGUGAGCGAUUACUGUUUUCACGUCGGCGUCGGCUCUACCUGGCACACAUUCCAGGAUAUCCUUACGAGAAUUGAAUUCUGCCUGGAGCAUGGCGACAUAGACGGCGUUAUAGAAGCGGCACACUCCGUUUCCUGGCUGAGAAGGUACCACGAAGAGACCCUCGACCAGAUGCUCCUCGCCCUAUUCCUGAGCAGAAGACACGCCGAGGCUGCCAGAUUGCUUGAGAAGAUCUUCGGGACGAUUCUGACAUUUGCUCCGCUGUCCCGGCUCGAUGGGUUGGAAGGUGUUCGCUACGAGAGCGAAGAUACAAUCGCGCAACUCUACGCGACCUUCCGAAAACAGACCUCGGCCUUUGUUGGCUACCUGCGUGGGUUGGACGGUGUGAAGGCUUCAUCCAAGUUCGCCAGCAGGUCGAGAGCAGAGCCAGUAAGCAUUUUCGAGCGUCUUCUGGUGCGAUUAGAGAUGAAAAGAUACUACUGA